GCUCUGAAGAUGGCAGUGGAGAUUCUGAGGCAGAUGAGCAGGAAUGAUCUGUUGGAGAAAAUUCAAGCAGAGUCCAUGACAGGAGAUAUCAGCGCCAGGCCAAAGAAAAGAUCAGUUUCCUCUUUUCAAUCGCCGGCUGCCUCUUCCCAUCUUAACAUCCAUGCUCAGACAGGAGGCCAGGUUAUUGCCCCAGCAAUCACUGGCUGUUGUAUUGAGGGAGCUGUUAAUAUCCAGGUUACUCUGACCUCUCCGGAAAAGGGUGUUUCAGAUGAAGAUGUUGCUGUCUAUCAACGCACACUCCAGUCUUACCUACAGGACAAAUUUAAGUGCAUUCGUGAGGGUUUGCCAAAGCAAGGGAAAAGGACACUCCUCAAUGAGAUCUAUACAGAACUGUACAUCACAGAGGGAGACAGUGGAGAGGUCAACAUUGAACAUGAGGUUAGACAGAUUGAAUUAGCGUGCAAAAGAAAACCAGUGAGACUUGAGACACCAAUCAAAUGUGUAGACAUUUUUAAACCUGCGCCUGGAGAAGACAUGCCACUCAGAACUGUCCUCACAAAGGGAGUCGCUGGUAUCGGAAAAACAUUCUGUGUCUGCAAGUUCACUCUGGACUGGACCAAAGGAGAAACUAACCAAGACAUCCAUUUCACUUUCCCUCUUCUCUUUCGUGAGCUGAAUCUGUUGAAGGGGGAGAAGUUUCGUUUUGUGGAGCUAGUUCAUAAAUGCAUCCGAGAAACUAAAUGCAUUAAGGAAGAGGCCCUGAAUCACAUCUUCACCCACUUGCAGAAUUCAGGAAACACAAACUAUUCCAAAGCCAAGUACAGAGUUGUGUUUAUCCUCGAUGGUCUGGAUGAGUGCCGACUUCAUCUAGACUACACCGAUCACGAAGCGAAGAGAUGUGAUGAUAUCACAGAGUCGAACUCAGUGGAUGUGCUGCUAUCAAACCUAAUCAAAGGGAAUCUGCUUCCUUCUGCUCGCCUCUGGAUAACUUCCCGACCUGCAGCCGUCAGUCAGAUUCCUGCUGAGUUUGUUGACAGAGUGACAGAAGUGAGAGGAUUCAGUGACUGUCAGAAGGAGGAGUACUUCAGAAAGAGAUUCAGUGACAAUGCAAGGUUGGCCAGCAGAGUCAUUUCACAUAUCAGGACGUCAAGGAGUCUCCACAUUAUGUGCCACAUCCCAGUUUUCUGUUGGAUCACUGCCACAGUCCUGGAGCAAAUGUUGAAAAAAGACAUGGAAGAGGAGAUGCCCAAAACCUUAACAGAGAUGUACACACACUUCCUUGAGUUUCAGCUGAUACAGAGCCACGUGAAGUACCAUGGUAGGGUUGAAAAGGUUGAGCACUGGGACACAGAAAGCAGUCAGAUCAUUCUGGCACUAGGAAAACUGGCUUUUGAACAGCUUGAGAGAGGAAAUCUGAUCUUCUAUGAAACAGACCUGAAAGAUUGUGGCAUUAAUGUCACAUCAGCCUCAAUCUAUUCAGGACUGUUCACAGAGAUCUUUAGAGAGGAGCGUGGGCUUCACCAAGUCAAAGCAGAUCAGGACAAGAUGUUCUGCUUUGUCCAUCUGAGUAUUCAGGAAUUUAUUGCUGCUCUUUAUGUGUUCCUCACUUUUGUAAACAGUGGUGUCAAUUUACUGACCAAGCAAGCAAUCUCAUCCCAAAUUAAACCAGUUGAAAAACCUCAGCCAAGCAUUUAUCAGAGUGCUGUAGACAAGGCCAUUCGAAGUCCAAAUGGACACCUUGACCUUUUCCUCCGUUUCUUACUUGGCCUGUCAUUAGAGUCAAACCAGACUUGCCUUCGAGGCCUGCUGACACAGUCUGGAACCAGCUCACAGAUGAAUAAAAAAUCAGCUGAAUACAUAAAGAACAUUAUCAGACAGGCUCCCUCUCCCGAGAGAUGCAUCAAUCUGUUCCACUGUCUGAAUGAACUUAAGGACAGGUCUCUAGUGGAGGAGAUCCAGGAGUACCUGAGAACAGGAAAGCUAUCCAGACAUGAUCUCUCCCCUGGUCAGUGGUCAGCUUUGGUCUUCGUCCUGCUGACAUCAGAAGAGGAGUUGGAUGUGUUUGACCUUAAGAAAUACUCGCCAUCAGAGCACGCUUUUCUAAGGCUGUUGCCAAUAUUCAAAACCUCCACAAUUGCAUUGCUGAGUGACUGCAGCCUCUCAGAGAAAAGCUGCGAAGCUUUGAAUUCAGUUCUUUGGUCUGAGUCUUCAAGCCUGAGAGAGCUGGAUCUAAGUAGCAAUGACCUGCAGGAUUCAGGAGUGAUGCUGCUGUCUGUUGGGCUACAGAGUCCUCACUGUGUAGUGGAGACUCUAAGGCUGGAUUGCUGUAACCUCUCAGAGAGAUGCUGUCAAGCUCUGGCCACGGUUCUGAGCUCCAACCCCUCAAGUCUGAGAAAACUGGACCUAAGCAACAACGACCUGAAGGAUUUAGGAGUGAUGCUGCUCUGUGAUGGACUAGGGAAUCCACACUGUGGACUGGAGGUUCUCAGGCUGAAUGAGUGUCAGCUGACACAUGAAUGCUGUGCAGCUCUGGCUUCAGUACUAAGCGCCAACUCCUCCAGCCUGAGGAAACUCGACAUGAGUAACAAUGACCUGCUGGAUAUAGGAGUUAAAUUACUCUGCACUGGGCUGGAGACACCACACUGUAGACUGGAUACUCUCAGACUUUCAGGUUGUCUGGUCACCACAGCGAGCUGCAUGCCUCUGACCAUGGCUAUCAGCACUUCCCAACUGAAAGAGCUUGAUCUGAGCUAUAAUCACCUGGGAGAUACAGCACUGCAGCUGCUCUCUCUUGCACAUUGGACCCCAUGCUUUAGACUGGAGACUCUAAGUGUUGACCAUUGCGGGGGUGCAUACUUAAAACCAGGACUAAAGAAAUAUGGCUGUAAACUCACACUGGACCCCACCACAGCAACCUGGCCCCUCCUCUUUGACGACACGUUCAGACUUGUAGCGUGUGAGAAAGAGGAGUCUGUGCCUUUUCGUACUCUCCCAGAGAAGCUACUUACGACAACACAGGUCCUAUGUAGACAGGGCCUGACUGAGCGCUGUUACUGGGAAGUAGCGUGGAAAGCGGGGGCUGGCGUCGGGCUGACGUACAGAAGUGUUGCCAGGAGAAGACUGGACGGUGGAGGCAAUGACUUUGAGUUGGGAAACAAUAAUAAGUCCUGGCUACUGCUCUGCGGUCCUGGCAGCUACAACGCCAGGCACAACAGGAAAACCACCAAGAUAUCUGUCAGCCCCUCUGGCUCCGACAGAGUAGGAGUGUACCUGGACUGGCAUGGCGGCACUGUGUCCUUCUACAAAGUUGCUCCAAACAAACUGACCCAGCUACAUACCUUCCACUCCACCUUCACUGAGCCCCUCUACCCUGGCUUUGUCUUCUGGGAGAAAGAUAACGCAGUGUAUCUAUGUUAAAGGUAGGCUCCAGUAGAGUGUUGAGAGCUGAGAGGGUAUACUGUGGCAGAUUUUGACAUUGGCGGGGACAUAAAAGUGCUCCAAGGCGGCGCCCCUGAAAGUUGAUGUUUUUUGCAUUUAUGACUGCAAUUUCACAUCAUGUACAGCUGAUCAAAUAAACAAGCAAACGAUCAUAAUCAGAAAAAAUAAAAACUAUUCAGGGAUUGACAUUAAUGUUUAUACUGCAUAUCUGAAUAUCUAUAAAGACUUCAAGUAUUUAAUAAUUCUGUAAUGUUGUAAGUUAAAGGCAAUUAAAGAAAGACAAGCAGGCAAUUUAACAAAGUUCUGAUUUAAACGCCCCAUGGGUGAACCAUUUAUACAGAUCAUCAUAACCCUAACAUUUGUCACAAUGCUGAAUCUAACUGUUAGCUCAAAGCCAAGGAACCCAAGUGUGAGAAGGGCUCAUGUGCCAUGUAGAUCCAAGAGUCUGCAGGUUUUCAUCCAGGCUCUUCAAAUAUGAGGAAAUGUGUCAAUGAGGAAGGAAAUAUUAAAAUGCCUUUAAUGUAGAAAUUACAGAUUGUGUAGAUUACAGAAACUUAACCAAAGGGAAACUUUUUGGAUCCAUCAGCUGCAUAUAUUAAAAUUGUCUCAAUGGGGAUAUAGGUUCUCUCUUUUUAUUUUCAA